UUACGCCGUUCACGUCUGAUAAGAGCAUAGAGACGUUUGCUGAUCCGACGUCUGCAUCAUAAUUCACACAGCCACACGCUGGGGGCCGGAAAGUGCCCACUCCUCUGUCCCGUGCCUGCCCGUGGCGCCCUCGUCCUUAGGACGGCUCCAGAGCCCCCACCCAGCAGCGAAGGACAGCCGUGCCGGCACCUAGCUGACAAGGCCAGCCUGCCUGGGUGCAGGCAGCCUGUCUCCAGCCCUCGUGCCCUCCAGCUCCUGUCCCCAAGCCGAGUAUGGCUGCCCAGGGCUGUCUGGCUGCUGCCGGGAUCUGCUUCCCACGUGGCCCCUCUUGUGUUGUUAGGGCCCAGGCGUGUGAUGGAGCUACAUUUGUCUGCACGCCUUGGUCAUGAGCAAAGCUUGGCUUCUUGGCAACCAUUAGGGAAAGGCCCCAGCAGCUCCUUGGCCCCUUUUCCAGCUCAGCACAUCUGCUAGGCCUCCUUCCAGCCCGGGAGGGUGUAGACCUAUGCCCCUGGAGCCGUGGUGGGGCUCAUUCGGGGGAAGGGGCAGGAAGGAGACAGGGUAGGGUAGCGACUGGCCAGCCCAUGGCCCCUCAGACCCAGGUCACUGGACCAGCUCUGUUUCCAGCCCCAAAGCAGCCAAGUCGUUCAAUGCAAACGAGGCCUGGACAUUUGGGUCGACCUUGGCUUAGGAGCUCGGGUGCCUACAAGUGGGGCUGUGGUUGCCGUCGGCCCCCAGAGGGAGGCCAGUCAUGUGGUGAAUGCCAGGCUGCUCAGUUUGGUCUUGAGUUUAAGUGCAGACAGCGUUUUGGGUAUUUCACGUGGUAAGUGGAGAUAAUUUGGAAGCUAUCUUCCAGAGUCUGCAGAGAAGAAAGAGAACGAGUCUCGGUAUGUGGUUAGCGACCCUUGUGUCUGAGUGUAGGCCUGACGUCCCACUGCGGGCCACACAGCGAGCUGCAGGGCCUGGAGACCCCCAACCCCCCCCCCCCCCCCCCACUGCCCCAGAGCUCUGUUUCUUUCCUGCCCUUUCCUGCAACAACAGUUUGGGGCCUACUGGGGUGUGGGGUUUUCCCACCAGGCCCUGCAGAGGCCCCACCGCGCCAGGGCACGAGCGAUAGAAUUGGGUCACGUGUUUGAUGCGUAGGACCAUAAGGGCACUUUAACAGAAAGGAAGUCAGCGUUGUCCCUCACUCCCUCUGGGCUCCCAUUUCUCCUCCUGCCUUUUCCCAUAAGUCAGCUGGAACGUGUGUGAGCGCAGGAAAGUGCUCGGAACCUGCUGUCUCCCACCCCUGUCGCCUCGGCGGCUUGGAGAUGGGAGCACCCAGGCCUGAUGCUGUUCCUGCUGAGGAGUUUACGUCUGUAGGAAGUAACACUGUGAAUGUAAAGUUUGGAACUGUUCCCCUUAGAGUCCAUGCCACUGGGCUCGCCUGAAGUGUAACUGGCUUUGCCUUGAUUGCCAUGAAAUAGUCGGUUCUUAACAGGGGCCCGGAGCCCGGCUCUGGCCACAGGUGCCACCCAAGAGACGGGCCUGUGUGCUCGGGAGAUGGAGAGGAGUCAGUGAGUGAAGUCCUUUUGGCCACGGGUGAGUGUGUAUGUGUGUGCAUAUGUGCGAGUCUGUAAUUCUGUGUGUAUCGCAAUACGCAGAUGUGCAAGGCUACGAGAUUGGCCGCGUAAGGUCUUUGUAGAAGUUCUAUUUCUCAGACGUGCCCUGUGGAGUUGGCUGCGUUGACGGAGGUGUCUGGGAGCGGUGUCAUUGCUCGUUAAAAUCCUGCUGAGGAAAGGGUCCACCUGGCCAGCUCUCUGCACAAGAAGUUAGGACUUUAUCAGCUUACUAGAAGUCUAUAGCAAGCAGCGAUCAUAUCAUCAAUCCAAAUUUUGUUGAAAAUACCAAUUUGGCAGGUUUGUGGGGAGUGGGGGGGGGGGGCUGUUUUUGUUUUCCUGCUGAUAAUAUCAGGAUGGACUUGAACGAAACCAGGGCAGAAUUGUUUGGCAAUGCACUUAAGCGUGUCUUCUCCAGAAACGUGCCUCCCUCCCCCACCGCCCCACUGAGGGCUGCAGGUGACCCCCGGCUGCCAGAGCCCGCGCCUCCUGCCCCAUCACGUUUUUGUCAGCAAAUGGAUCCUUCACAGAGGAUGAACGAGGCUGACCCCUUCAGACACCCGGAGGGCAGCGUCACGAGGCCUUGCCUCUUAAAGGACCCCCGCCGCACCCAGGCACCCCUCCGUUGCCGGCUGUCACUUCCAAGUCCCCAGGGCCGGGGGCGGCUUCUCCCGGGCAGCCGCGGUGAGCCCUGUUGCUGGUUCCAUCGGAACGGACUCUGAACAGCGGUAACUGCUCUCGGCCAUCGUGCAGGCAAUGCUUCCUUCUGCGGCGGCUGCAGGGGGCUCUGUGGUUUGGGGGGAGUGGAAUCCAUUUCCUCUCAAUGCCACGAGCGUCCUUCCUAGCAUACAUCCUCGCUUUGGUGUUUGUCCUUCCCUCUGUGGUGAGCCCUCGAAGCCAUGGCUACCGACCAGGGGGACAGUGGGGCAGUUCUGUCUAUGGGGCAAUGGGCAGGGGCAGGGGAGCGGUGUGAGAGCCUCCCGGCCCCUCUGGCAAGCUCAGGAGGGCUCAGCUGGUGCUGCCGGCCCGGGCGCGGCCUCAGCGGGGAGUGGGCCGCUCAGACGGCGGUGACCCGUGAAAGUGGCCUGGAGGGGUCAGGGGUCCCGUUCCCCUGUGCACCUGUCACUUCUUGGCGUCGAAGGAACCCCCUCCCCCCAAGCGCUUCUGGGAGCACCUGGCCCUGGACAGUCACUGCCGUUUCCUGGUGCAGACUGGGUGGCGGCCACUGGCGCUGGAGGACCGUGGCCUCGUCGACCGGCAGCAAGUGGCUUGGCUCUGGGCGAAGCAGGGCCGCCUGUCCGUGCACGCUGCCUCGUGCUCGCGGGUGUGAGCCCGAGACGCCCCGCCACCUCCGUCCCCGCCUGCUGGGAGCCAGCGAGGCUGUGAGGGGCACGUCCCGGAGCCCUGGCCUGGACCUGACCGUCCGCUCCCAAGAGGAGAGGGAAGGACUGACAAGCGACGUGUGUUUAAGUUUUUUAAACUUCCGCGAACAUUGUGUAUCUGAAUUAAAGGGAAAUGACACCACACGCUGCUGUACGAGGCGUGCUUGCUUGUGGAGAGCCUCUCCGGGGAGGCGGGGUGGCCGCCACACUGGCCCGCGCCCGGGGAGGGGGGGCUGGGCACGUCCCAGGAGGUCCCCACAGACAUGAGCUGCUGGGGUGAAGGGUGCCGGGGCCUUGGAGGGUGGUGAGGGCAGCCCAGGGCUGGAGUGCUCACAGGGGGCCGUGCCUCGGCCUCGGGUCUCCCCCACGCCCCGCGGGCUCCUGGGCUCCUGGUGCACGCGUUUGAGUGUGUGAGUUGUUCUGGCUUCAAGGACUCGCCGCCCCCCAAAGGCUUGCCUAGUCAGCAGAAUGGGGCACCGUCCUCCUUAGCCCUGGUUCGGCCCCUCCUUGGGAGCCGUGGCGAGUCGGUGUCUGGUAAUGUUGGGGUGCAGCUGCUUUACCCGGCAGCCUGCACAGACAGCACCCCUAGUGCCAUGGGUUCCCGUCCGUUGGGGGGAGUGGCCCGCCCGGUCCCUCAGCAGGGCGGCCUCGGAGCCCACGCCGUGGCCGGUGCCAGAUAAGUGCGCUCGCGCAGCUUGGCCCCUGCCCCUGGGCUGCAGCUGUGUGACCGGGCACAUGGGCUUCCGGCUUCCGGGGCUGUGCAGCAGCUCUGUGCACGGGCCCUCGGGUGCCACAGGACCCCCUGUCCCUGCACAGGGCUGGGCCUUCGUCCUCACGUCAGGUGUUCUAGACAUUUGAUGGGGGUGACUUCAUCUCCCCAAAUUUGUCUCCUCUGUGAUGCAAUUCCAGGGCCUCUGAUGGUACCUCGGAGCGACCAAGGCUGUGUCCCCCUUCCUGGUCCCAGCACGGACAGCCAGACCCUGCCUGGCGCGCCUGAGCACACGUGGUCUCCCUGUCACUUCCAGAAAGAAAAGGGCCCAGAGCCCCUGCUGCUCAUGUCCCCCGCUCGCCCUCCUGCCGCUACGGCAGAGGGACCCUCAGGAGAGGGUACUGCUGGAUACCCAGCCCCCGGCCCUCUGCCUCCCCAUCCCACAGAGAUUGAGGGUCCCCGCAGGCCAUGCAGCUGUGCCAAGGUAUGGAGCCCCUCCCCAGCAAGGACAGACAGGGCCCUCCCACCUAGCUCGUGCUUGUCCUCGGAGGCCCGACCUCAGGGCUCUGCUUCCGGAAGCUCUGGGGGUUUCCCGUGCCCAUUGACACCUGAGAAGACAUUUGGAGUCCAGCCUUUCACCCUGACUCCCCUGGACGUGCUGGCUGGAGGGGAGGUGAGAGGUGUAGACACCUCCUCUGGGGCCACCAGUUUGCCAGGGCCCUGAGCACAGAGUGAUGUCCACAGGCCGGCAGCUGCCCCCUGGAGGCAGGGGCCUCGGCUAGCCUGAGGGUCCCCAGCCCAGGGGCCCUGGGGCAGCAGCUCUUCCUGAGGAGUGUUUACCAUCACCAGUCAGCCUCUGCCCUCUCCAGAAGCUGCAAGGCCACGCACGUGGUAGGGAGCAUUCUCCAGGCACACGGCGGUUUGCAUUGGCUAUGUCCUGUGUGCCCUGCUGAGGACCAUAGGCACGGGAGGGGUGGCAGGUGUCCUUUACCUCUCCCUUGGGCCUCCCCCCACGUGCUGGGCCAGGGCCAGGGCCAGGGGCAGCCCCUGGAGCUGUGGUUGCAGAAAGGCCCUCCGGUGGGGCUGAGAGCUGGCACUAGGGCCCUGGGAUCAGGUCCUUUGCCUGAGGACUGCGGGCUUUCUGGGGGACCUUUCAGUCACUCAUUCACGCUGCAGACAUCCCGAGCACAUCGUGCCAGGCACCCAGGCCCAGAGGAGUACAGCAGCCCUGAGCCUUCCUGGGGGGUGCUGCGUGGGCCCGGAGAGGAAGGGGCUCCUACGGGGAGCUGAUGGGGUCCAGGUCUUGAACCAAGAGCCCACUGAAGGGACAAGGGGCCCUUCCGAGUGCCCACACAUGUCCCUGCUGCCCUUCCACCUGAGGGCCUGGGCGGAGAUUCAGGGACACCUCCCCACCCCCACCUCCGCGCUCCAGGCUCAGCUGUCCCAAUCUGGGGUGGCUUGGAGUGAGACUUUUCUCUCCGUGGUCAGGUCAGAGGAGGACCCUCUGUUAGCCAUGGUGAUUUUCAGCCUGAACUACGUGAGUCCCUCCCCCCCGGUUUAGGCCACCGCCAGCGACCCACAAAGGCCAGGCAGGCUCACUGACGGCCCGUGGAUGCCACGGCCUGGCUGGGCAUCUGGGCCUAGCAGGCAGGCAGGCAGGACUGGGGCCUGUCCAGCAGGUGUGAUGGGCUCUUACUGAUAAACCACGUGAGUUUUGUCUUUUAAUUUUGAAUGUUGGUGCCUUUAGUGAUGCGUUCUCUCCGUAGGCCUCACGGCUCCCACGGCCCUGGUGUCCUGCCCUGGCUGACCCUCCUGCUGCUGACCUCUGCUGGCCAGCCCCAGGGGGCACUGCAGCCCACCACCAGCCUGGCUCUCAAGCCCUCCUUUCUGACCACCCCCCCAACCCCCCCCAGGGACAGUCACGCUGUCUGUUCACUGCCCCGUCCCCUGUGCUCCGGCCUCGCCAACCUUGCUGCCACUGUGGGGCUGCUUCUUGCGGGCAGCGCCCCCUGCCUUCCUGGGGAUCCAGGCCGGUUCCCCUCGUCUGGGUGCAGAGUUCACCGUUGUCCUGCGGUACCUUCCCAGCCCCGCUGGCGACCCGCGGCCCUGGCCCUUGAGACCUUGAGAUGGACGAGCCUCCGUCAAGCCCUGGAAAAGACCCGCUGAGAGAGGGUGCCUCCAGCAUGGCGGCGGCCGAGGUGCCCGGCUACCUCGUGUCCCCGCAGACGGAGAAGCAUCGGCGAGCCCGCAACUGGACGGACGCCGAGAUGCGCGGCCUCAUGCUCGUCUGGGAGGAGUUCUUCGACGAGCUGAAGCAGACCAAGCGCAACGCCAAGGUGUACGAGAAGAUGGCCAGCAAGCUGCUGGAGAUGACGGGGGAGCGCCGGCUGGGCGAGGAGAUCAAGAUCAAGAUCACCAACAUGACCUUCCAGUACAGGAAAUUAAAAUGCAUGACAGAUAGCGAGUCCGUCCCGCCCGACUGGCCCUAUUACCUAGCCAUUGAUAGGAUUCUGGCCAAGGUCCCCGAGUCCUGUGAUGGCAAACUGCCGGACAGCCAGCAGCCGGGGCCCUCCACGUCCCAGACCGAGGCGUCCCUGUCGCCGUCUGCUAAAUCCACCCCUCUGUACUUACCGUAUAACCAGUGCUCCUACGAAGGCCGCUUCCAGGAUGAUCGCUCCGACACCUCCUCCAGCUUACUGUCCCUUAAGUUCAGGUCGGACGCGCGGCCCGGGAAGAAGCGCAAGGUGCAGAACUGCCACCUGCGGAAGAAGAAGCUGCGGCUGCUGGAGGCCAUGCUGGAGGAGCAGCGCCGGCUGAGCCGCGCCGUGGAGGACGCGUGCCAGGAGGUGCGCCGCGUGCUGGACCGCCAGAACCUGCUGCAGGUGCAGGGCCUGCAGCUGCAGGAGCGCAUGAUGAGCCUGCUGGAGAAGAUGAUCGCCAAGUCCGGCGUCUAGGCCGCCCGGCCCGCGGGGAGCGCCCCGGGGCUGCCCCUGGCUCGGCGGGCCUCGGGCCGGCGCCUCCGGGGUCACCCCGGGCCGGCCCCCUGGUGAGAACCUCCCGGAGGCUGUCCUCCCGUGCAGUCACCGGCGGUGGCCCUUGAAACGGCUUUGGGUAUUACACGUGGGGUCUCGUUCCUGCCGGAAGUCAUUUCCACAGCUCGCAGGGAGCACGCCAGGCCGGUCGACUGCAAAACAGAAGCAAACGGAAGCGGCUUAGUGGCGACUUUGUGCCCGGGACGGAAACUCUGGAAGGGGCCACGGCUGUCCUUGCGCUCUCGGGGUCUGCUGCCCACCUCCUAGGAUGAGCUCCGACGGUGGAGCCGACCCCAGACGGCCGCUGCAUCCCUCUUCCCCGGGGCGUCAGGCCUCCCCGUGAGGACGCCGGCGAAGCGAUGACGGCUGUCCGCGUGCACCACGCCGCCCGGUUUUCCAGGCCCAGGGAUGUCGUGCUGACGGGGCAGAGCCCGGGCCUCAGGCACUCGCGCUCCAGCCGGGGAGGCAAACGAGUGAAGACGGGAAGGACGGGAUAGCGGGUUGUGGUCAGCGCUGGGCGGGAAAGGCUGGCCCCGAGCGUGAGGAGCAGUGGCGCCCCAACCGCCAGCGGGAGCAACCAGAUUCCAGGAGCCCCGGACAGCGCGACUGGGCCGCAGAGGCACGGGGAGCUUUCGCGUGCUGUGCUGGCUGUGGUGCUCUGGGUCCGGACCCGCCGUGCAGGGACGAGCUCGUGGUGGCGGGGUCCAGAGCUGCAACGUAGAGCUCACCUCCCCCGCCUCUGCCCUUUCACCAGCAGGAAAACCUGUCCAGACGCUUCUCUGCUGAAUUGCUCCUAAGUCUUGUUGGCUCCUUGGGCUUUUGGUCCCUGGCUGCACAGGGUGCCGGGCACAGGACCGUCUGGUUCACCCCUGGGACCAGCCUGUCGCUGCCCACACAACCGGGCUCUGAGGAGACAUGGCAGGUGGGUUAGGGCAAGUGCCGUGGUUUCCCUUACGGUCUAGAAAAGCUCCUUCUGACCGCUCCUGGGCAGACGGGUGGGGGUGGGAGCCGAAAGCAGAGGUCCUGCCAGGAGGCUGUCACCAUGAUUUUGGUGUGACAGUGACCAGCUUAUCUGAAGUCAGCCGCCCGUGGCCGCCCGCGAGGUGCAGAGGCCAGCCCUCGGCCUGGCUGCGGUGAGGGAGACGCUGGGUGUUCUGUGGAGCCCAGAGGGCAGAGCCAGACUGGCAGGACGCCCCCUGCUCAGCCGCCUCGGGGACCUCCCCGGAGUGCACGUGCCGUGGACUCAAACCAUAUUGCUUUGGUACUGAAGGCAGCGGUCUGGCGAACGUUCACAGGCGGCUCUGCUGAAGCGCAGACUUGCCAAUUCGCACGGUGUCUGCGUUCCCGCCAAGGCCGGUUCGGCUACCGGCGUGACGUCGCUGGACCCACGUGGGAGAGAUCCGCACAGAACGGGCCCCGGCACCCCGCGGCAGAGGAGAACCUGGGGGGUCUCGUGCUGAAGACCUGAGUGGGGGGGCAUGCCCACAGGAACCCACCAGUCUCUGAGACGAGAUCCUGCCGCGAGAACUCAGCUGUUUCGCAAACACCGAGGACAGAACCCCGUCAGAGCGGCCGUGCCAGAGGGGCGCCCGAGGUGGCCACAGAGUUAGGCGGGAGGUCCCUCCCCUUACACGCCUUUGCUUUGCUGGCACCGUGGUUGUGGCGUGUUAGCGUGUGGGUAACUGCGGGGCAGCAGGCGCAGUUCUGCAUUUGUGUUUAGAGAUAAUUUGCACUUUUUCCCAGCUCCCUCUCUGAGUGGGGGGUCAGUGCUGUUUCUGUGUCUUGCCAAGUGGGCACUGCCCACCUGUCCCGUGGGCUGGAGCGGAAUCCGGAUGGUCAGCGGAACUCAGCUGUAGGACCGCCUGGGCCGCGCCCUUCCUGGACAGCGUGUCCUCGCGAGUUUCUGAUUUGUUCUGUAGUUACCGGUCCGUGAAGGGGGCGGAAAGUGGCCGUAUCGGUAAACGCUAAGCUAUUUGAUAAGAUUCAGCGAAACAACAUGUUAACACUGAAAACAAGUCAGGAACCAGAUGCGCGUGCUUGCUUUCACUAUUAUUAGUUAGUGUUGACGUUGAUAGCUGAUGCAUUAAGACAAAUGGGCAGGAUGAGAGAUGAAACGAAGAAAUGAAAAUUGCCUUAUUUUCAGGUGAGAUCUUUGUAUGCCCAGAAAGCCAAACAUACAGAUCAAGAGCUCUGUAAACUACCCUGACCCUGUGGCAUCUGAGACUGGAGCAUUCCAUGCACGGUCAUAACUGAGAACUACAGGGAAUCUGUGAGUGAGUUUAACCAGAAAGGUGCAGGAUCGACAGGAAGAAAACUGUGGUUUAUUGUUAAAUCUGAAACGGUUCCUGAGCCUGUGGGGAAACAGCGUACUCCUACAAGUUCCAGAAUAAAGUGUCAUCACUUUGUUAGUAUAUUUCCAACUAUAUUUUCAAUAACGUUGUGGUUUUCUCUUUGUUUUGAAAUGGAAGAAAAUAGUUUUGAGUUCAUAUGAAAACCGAGAGGGGCAAAGGGCCUGAGGCCAAAGACUGUGAGGAGGCGUGCUCGGCCUCAUGUAGCGCCAGGUAAUGCGGAAUAAAACCGGAGUGAGCCUUCCAUUAGUGGUUGAAGCUGGAAAAACGUGGGGACGUGGAAACUCACACCCCGGCAGGGGCAGUGGGAACUGGCACAAGUGCUCGGGAGCAGCUGGGCCUCACCCCGCACAACUGAGGCCACGCAGGCCUGCCGCGGCCCCAGCGCUCUCGGGGCCCUCCACGCACGCCAGUGAUUGAAGGCCUCAGAGCUUCUGUCCGCGUGCCUUCUAACCGCCAGCAUUAACACCCCAUAGAUGACCUUAUUAGAAAUCAGACCUGGGACUUAAAAGAUCUUAGUCCUUUCAAAAUAACAAUAAACCCCAUGACAUGCUAACAUAAAAACCAAUCACGGGAAAAAUGUAUUUUCCAAAACAAAAGGUUUUAGCGAGAAGAGUGGCAUUGCGUCACGUACCCUCAAAUAUCCGGCCCGAGGGAAGCCAGCCCCACACUCAGUCUGCUGCGGGAUGCGGCUCGGCUGUAAGUAUGCGAGUGUCUGUGCAAAAUCCAGGGUCACACAGAUAGAUGUUUGGAAAAGAAAGACAUCUUCUUUUUUUUUUUUUAAGUUUAUUUAUUUUGAGAGACAGAGAGAGCAUGAGUAGAGGAAGGGCAGAGAGAAUCGCAAGCCGGCCCUGCGC